UCGACCUUCCCCACCAGUCCCACCACAAAACUCGUAUUUGUAUUUUGUUCUUUGUUCAUUGUUUUAUCACUGGAUUUGAUUACAGUAGUUUGUUUAUUAUUAUUCAAAACGCGAAUAAUUUAAAUUCUGUAGUACAAAUGCGCUUAAAUUAAUUAAAUCUAUCGUGCAAAUGAAGUGAAAAUCUAGUUCACGAGCGAACAUGAGUAAAAACUGUGCUGCUACUGUCCUGGCAAGCGGAUAAUACCUUCCGCAGAGUUGAUAAAUUUGAAAAAAAAACUCAACCAUGGAGUAUGUGCCAGGAGAUCCGAUACUAAUUAAAAAUAUAGUAACUCAGUUGAAAUCUCAAGGGAUUUUCGAUCAAAUCCGAAAAGAAUGCAUCGCUGAUGUGGAUACCAAACCCGCGUACCAGAAUCUCUGCCAUCGAGCGGAUAAUCAAGUAUCCAAAUUUCUCUCCAAAGUGAAAUGGGGUCCAGAUCUGCAUAAAAAUCAGACUCGAGAAAAUAUACGUAAACAAGUGAACGGGUGCACUUUCGUUGAACCUGGGAUCGCUAUUAUUGUCGACCAACUAGUGAACCCUCGUAUCAAUACAGUAUUAGUACCGAAAGUUGAAGACAUGUUGUAUAAAUACUUGGGUAUACCUCGAGAAGUUGAUAAUACUCCUAGUCAAAGAGAAACUAAAUCGUCCAAUGAAAAAGGUUUCUUCAGAGAUGUACCUGAUAGCGGUGUUCCUGGUGUUUCCAAAGUAGAUAUUUAUGAUACGAAAAAAGAAGCCGAAAAAUAUCGUUCGAACUGGUCUCGCGAACACUCUGGAAUGGAUAACCAAAGAAAUGAUUCUUCCACCAGUAAAAUGCCAUCAACUGAUGAUAAAUCCAGCCGUGAUAAAUCAUCGAGUAUCAAAGUCAAGCCAUUUGAUAACGUUAAAGAUUCAGGUAAAUCGAUUAAACCAGAACUCGAAAAACAUUUCCCAAAAGUUGAUAUGAAAGGACCACCGUUAUCAGAAUUCGAUUCAGAAUCCAGCGACGAUGAAAUAUCACCUGUUUUCGAACCGAAUGAAAAAUCCGAUAACGACAUGUCCAUCGGUAGCGCAGACUCGAACUUUAGCGAAAUUAUUUUCGAGAAAGCAUCCAACGAACCGGAGAUACCAGGAGUCGAAGACAAGAUCGAUAUCAUCUGUAAAGCCGACGAAUCGAAAAUCAUUACCGAACACGACGAUAGUCUGGAUUCAGUUCGCAGUUCGUAUUCGACUCCUCCUGCACCGGAAAAAGUUCACAUAUCGCCUAUAGAAAUACCAAAAACACCAACUAUCAAUUACGAAACAUCGGAUGAUAGCGACGAUCACGUUAAAAAUAAACAACUUCUCGAUCCAAUUGCCUUAGACGCAGCAGAACCUGUAGCUUUAGAAGUACCGGAGGUGAAUUUUGAAAAAAUUGAGAAAGUUCUCGAAGAUAACAUUGAAACCAAACCCGUAGAAACGAUUGAAACAAAACCACCCAAAGAAGAAGAUAAAUAUAAAGAAAAAAAUCGACUGGAUGAUGCCAAAAAGAAAUCAAAGUAUAAAGAUGAUAAACCGGCCGAAAGUAAAGAAAAACACACCGAGAAGAAAUCCGAACACAAGAGCGAUAAAGAUCGUAAGUACGAUAAACAUCGAAGCGAACAAAGAAGUAAAGAUCGCGAUAAAGACAGACACAGGCAUGAUUCAUCGUCGUCAAAAAGCAGCCACAGCAGAAAGGAUGAUAAAUCUCAUCAUUCGAGAGAUCAUUCAAAAUCCUCCGAUCACGAUCGUAAGUCUAAAAGCGAACACAGGAAAGACGAUAGCAAAAAAGAUGACAAAAGUGAGCAUAAAAAAGAUUCGACUAGAUCCGAGUAUAAAAAAGAUGAUCGAAGCGAUAGCAAAAAAGAUGACAAAAGCGAACAUCGUAAAGAUUCCAGGAACGACCGUAAGAAAGAAGACGAUAAAAAACACUCCCCGAGAGAUGAUAAAGAUAAAGAUCGUAAAAAAGAUCCUUACAAGGCUUCUUCGUCAGAUGAUAAAAAAUCCUCCAAAUCUGUCAAAUCCGAAGACUCUAAACACAAAUACGAUAAACCGAGGGACGACAAAAAAAGCAGCAGCAAGAACGUCGACAGCCAUAAAAGCAAAAAGAAAGACGAAGAUCCGAAAAAAUCACGUUCCCAAUGCAACAUCGACGAAAAGAAAAAAACCGAUAGACGUUCUUCGGAUCGCGACAGCAGCGGUCCUUCUACUUCAAAUUCGUCUUCGAUUCAUCAUACCUCAUCUCAGCAGUCGAGCAGAUCUGAUAGAGAUAAAGGAUCGAGUAAACACAGACACUCUUCUUCGUCUUCAUCUUCGCAUAAAACCAAAAGAAACGACUCCGAACACGCGAAAAAUCAUUCAGAAAAAUUACCCAGUCGCGAAGAAAAACCUCAAGCAGUCGAAGACGAUCUCGAACUGAUCCUCGAAUCUAGUCCCGAUAAAGGUUUUCAAAACAAUACCAAAUCCGAACCGAAUUUCUCAGCUCGUGAAAUAUUCCCCGAAAAGGCUAACGACCAAUCGAACGAUCAUAUCGAAGACAUGAUGAACGAGAUGUUCCAACCUACGAAUAUUAAACCCGUCCUGAAAAAACCUAAAAUAGCGAAGAACUUCGCCGAUAUUAGAAGAAUAAUGAAAUUGCGUAAACUGUACGAAGAAGAUUUCAAAUCAAAAAGCUCCGAGCAGAACGCCGAUGAAACGACGACCGAUGCUGAUAAAUCAACCGCGUAUAAAGUCAAGCUACGUCGAACGGUCGACUAUUUUGUCAUGAGAAGAUUCGGUAAAAAUGGUAAUUAUGAUAAAUGCAAAGAACUCACCAACGGUAUUAUUGAAACGCUGACAGAUGUUAAAUUGAACAUAAGACGAGUAGAUCGUCAAUAUUCGUUGAUUGACGGAAGCUGCACGCUGAGCGACGACGAAACUGAUCGCAUUUUUGGCAACGACGUGAAUCAUGCUGCGAACAACAAUACUAAGCUAUGCGAUAACGAUGAAAUCGAUAGUAUUCCAAUCAUCGAAGACGAAAGAGCUAACUUGAUACUUGAAGAUCUCGCCAAUUCGUACACAGAUCCGAAUUUCAAACUCGGUGAUGUGCCUGACGAAUCUAAAUUCGAUCAACCGUUCGUCAAGACGCCUUCAACCGAAGAAGAUGCCAUCAAAAUUGUCCAAUCCGAGAUUAAAGCCAACGGUGCCAAGACGCGACUACCUAAGCAACUCACCCUGCCAGAGAAUGAUGCCAAAGAAAUGGUCAACAACGUAACCGAAAACAAAACUCCAACUGUGAAGGCAGAAGAAGAUACCAGUCUCGGUCUGAAGUCAAUCUCAGAUGCUGAAAAUAAAACGCGGCAAGUCUGCGAUCAAUUAGAACAAAUCCAAGAUCCAGUUCUCUACUUACCUAUUCCGGAUUACAACAGUGAUUUCAUGCAAUUUGCCAACGAACUGUUGAAUGAAUCGUAUAAUUUCAAUGUGGAAAAUCUCUCUAUUGAAAUGGAUUACCCAGAAGCUUACGAUUUCAUGUUUGUCGAUUGCUUAGGAGCGAAAGUGAUACGAAGCAAGUCAGACGACCCAAAAACUAGUCCUUGUAAAUAUAAUUCGGAAAUAAUUACUAAAAAAUUAGGAGAUAACAGUAUUAUGUUAAGAAUUAAGAAAACCGAUGAAUCUGCCGAUCAAAAAAUACUCAACAAAAAACGAAAACUCGCUGAUGAUUCGGGUAUUGAAAUGGAUAAUCCUGAACCGUGUAACUUAAACCCCGAACCUGUUAAGAAGAAAAAGAGAACAUUGGGCAUUAAAAGAACCAUCGUCAAUCCGCUCAAGAUAAAAUUAACCUCCGGUCAAUUGAACGAUUCCAUAAGUAAUGGGUUGGCUGAAAAUACCGUCAACGUCGCUGCAGCAAAAGCUAAAGCCUCACCAGUACCUAAAAAAGUUUCUAAGGUUAAUAAAGUCAGAGCGAUGAGCAUUGCAAACGCUAUUCAUAAGAAGAGUGAAUCUGAGAGUUCUGAUUGCAGACGUAAUUCGGUAUCUUCAACGGGAACCAGUAGUACUCACUCGAAAGGUACCAAUGAAUCAGCAACACUUGUAUCAGCAGCAGCAACGACAACAACAGCUGUAGCAGCAGCGCAACCCAAGAAUAAAACAAAAAAUGCUGCGUUGAAUAACGAAACAAAAACAGAUACGGUUGAAACAAGCACUAGCGAAGGCGCUGCUACUACGAAAACGCCAGAUCCACCUGUGAAAAAAGCAAACGAUACGAAAACCGCUGAAGAGAGAGAAGAGAGACGUAGACAAAGUAUAAUGAAUUGCUACUACGACGAAAGUGACCUGUAUAAACCUAGGCCAUCGCUCAGACUUACCUCGAGAAGACACCGUUUAAGCAAUGCAGAAAAUAUUAAUAAUUGACGGUUUGAUAUCGAAAAUUUGUUCAAUUUUUACGAUUUUGAAUUUCAAGUGCAAAUGAAUGUGCCUUUAUUUCUUCUCCAUUGUUUUUCCUUAUUGUUUUGUUUAGUAUAGUGUACUUAUUUACGUGUAUCUCUACCUAGGUUUCUCAAGUUUUAAUAUUUUGAUUGUUUUGUGCGUUAGUUUGUGUAAUGUUUAUUUUUUACUGCGAAGUAUAUUGAUUUUUUUUUUUUUUAGUACGCAGAUAAUGUUAUUUUAUUUCGCCGGAAUGUAAUCAUUUUGCGAAAUAUUUUAUAUUUCAGUUGUUUUUACCAAAUUUUUUACUUAUUAAUUAUUAUUAGGUUUUGACGUGAAUUUGUUCUAAUUUUUUCUCAUAUUUUACUCUUGUUUACUUACUCGUCGAGUAGGUAAUUUGAAUAAAGUUGACAUUUUUAGCGUC